AAGCUUUAGUUCAUUGUUGUAGUGUGCUGGGGAGUGACUAAGGACUUGUUGUCUUUUUGUGUGUUCGUUUUUUCGUUUGUUUCAUUAAAAUACACCAAAUCUUAUAAUGGCUGAUGAAGAAUUUGAUGGUGAUGAUGUUGGUGAGGACUUCGAUGAAGUUGAUGAUGAUGCUGAUUUGGAAGAUAUUGAUCAACAAGAGGAGGAAGGUGAAAAUAUUGAAUUAUUGAAUGUUGGAGAUGGUCGAGCUGGAGGAGGUGUGCAGAAGCAGAACAGAAUAACUACAAGGUUUAUGACCAAGUAUGAAAGGGCGAGAGUACUUGGUACAAGGGCUCUUCAAAUAGCUAUGUGUGCUCCGGUAAUGGUUGAAAUAGCAGGAGAAACAGAUCCUUUACAAAUAGCGAUGAAAGAGCUCAAAAAUCGUAAGAUACCCAUCAUCAUUAGGCGUUACUUGCCAGACAACAGUUAUGAAGAUUGGGGAAUAGAUGAACUUACGAUUAAUGAUAGAUAAAGACAUUAUUCAACAUUUAAAUGUUCAAAAUAUUAUAAUGUAUAUUUUUAUGAUUUGAGAAACUCUGUGACUGUAAUUAUUUUUUUAUCACUGAGUCAAUUUGUUUAAUGCUGAAGACCUUCAACAUUUUUGCUGUGACCUGUUUAAUUUUUAGUUCUGUAAAUAUUAAAUAAAUCUUUUGUAAUAU